AUGCCGGGCUACGACUACAAGCUGCUGGAGCGGCCGCGGCGCCGGGUGCUGUGCCCGCUCUGCGGGAAGCCCAUGCGGGAGCCCGUGCGCGUCUCCACCUGCGGCCACCGCUUCUGCGACACCUGCCUGCAGGAGUUCCUCAGCGAAGGCGUCUUCAAGUGUCCAGAGGAUCAGCUGCCCCUGGACUACGCCAAGAUCUACCCCGACCCCGAGCUGGAGGCGCAGGUGCUGAGCCUGGCCAUCCGCUGCAUCCACAGCGAGGAGGGCUGCCGCUGGAGCGGGCUCAUCAAGCACCUCCAGGCCCAUCUUGGCACCUGUGGCUUCAACGUGAUCCCCUGCCCCAACCGGUGCAGCGCCAAGCUGAGCCGCCGGGACCUCCCCGAGCACGUCCAGCACGGCUGCCCCAAGCGCAGGGUCAAGUGCGAGUUCUGCGCCAGCGACUUCACUGGGGAGGCCUUCGAGGGCCACCAGGGCACGUGUCCCCAGGAGAGUGUGUACUGUGAGAACAAGUGUGGGGCCCGCAUGAUGCGGCGCCUGCUGUCCCAGCACGCCCUGGCCGAGUGCCCCAAGCGCACCCAGCCCUGCACCUACUGCUCCAAGGAGUUCGUCUUUGACACCAUCCAGAACCACCAGUACCAGUGUCCCCGGUACCCCGUGCCGUGCCCCAACCAGUGUGGGACACCCAGCAUUGCCCGGGAGGAUGUGCCCACCCACCUCAAGGAGAGCUGCAACACUGCCAUGCUGCUGUGCCCCUUCAAGGAAGCUGGCUGCAAGCACCGGUGCCCCAAGCUGGCCAUGGGCCGGCACCUGGAGGAGAGCACCAAGACCCACCUGGGCAUGGUGUGUGCCCUGGUGAGCCGGCAGCGGCAGGAGAUCCUGGAGCUGCGCCGGGACGUGGAGGAGCUGUCGGUGAGCAGCGACGGGACCCUCAUCUGGAAAAUCGCCGACUACGCCCGCAAGCUGCAGGAGGCCAAGGCCCGCAGCAACUACGAGUUCUUCAGCCCCCCGUUCUACACCCACAAGUACGGCUACAAGCUCCAGGUGUCGGCGUUCCUCAACGGCAACGGCAGCGGGGAGAGCAGCCACCUGUCCGUGUACAUCCGCGUGCUGCCGGGCGAGUACGACAACCUGCUGGAGUGGCCCUUCUCCUACCGCGUCACCUUCUCCCUGCUGGACCAGAGCGACCCCUCGCUCUCCAAGCCCCAGCACAUCACCGAGACCUUCCACCCCGACCCCAACUGGAAAAACUUCCAGAAGCCGGGGGCCUCGCGCAGCUCCCUGGACGAGAGCACCCUGGGCUUCGGCUACCCCAAGUUCAUCUCGCACGAGGACAUCAGGAAACGGAACUACGUGCGGGACAACGCCAUCUUCAUCAAAGCCUCGGUGGAGAUCCCCCAGAAGAUCCUGGCCUGAGCCCCGGAGGGGGACAGGAUGUGACCGGGGCGCCCGCCCAGGGGUGCCCCGGGUGGUGCUGAGCCUCUGCCCGCAGCCGGUGCCCCGGCUUGGGGACGCUGCCGUGGCACCGCGGUGGCUCUCAGGACAGGCAGGGAUGGGGCUGCUCCCGCGUCCCUCCCGGGGCUGGGACUGUCCAGCAGCCCCUUCCAAGGUGCCAGGCGGUGCCGGGGGGCUGGGCCCCCUGAGCCCCUCCCCGAGGUGCCCACCGGCCUCGCUGGGGACCCUGCAGGACCCCACUGGCCAGAGCCAUAUUUUGUAAACUGGUGCUCCCCAGGUUGUUAUUUAUUACCCCGGGCUGGGGCUGCUGCCCCCUCCCCGCAUCUUUUUCUUUUCAAUAAACUUUUCUUGUAUUUAUUA